UGAGUCUUUAGUUUCUUCUCUAGAUCUGUACUUCUUUACCCGAAACUAAGAUCGUUCCUUGCUUUCUCUGGAUAUUUUCCUUAUUCAUGUCUUCUUCAUCCUCCUUGUAUCGCAACUGGCGAUAUGAUGUCUUCCCGAGCUUCAGAGGGGAAGAUGUUCGCCAAACAUUCCUCAGCCAUUUUCUGAAGGAGCUAGACCGUAAGCUGAUCAGCGUUUUCAAAGAUAUGGAGAUGGAGAAAAGUCAAUCCCUAAGUCCUGUUCUUGAACAGGCCAUAAAGGACUCGAGGAUCGCUGUGGUUGUGUUAUCUCAAAAAUAUGCAUCUUCUAGCUGGUGCCUUAACGAGUUGCUGAAGAUCAUGUAUUGCAAAGAAAAGCUUGGUCAACUUGUGAUACCAGUUUUCCACGAUUUGGAUCCUUCCCAUGUCCGGAAACAGACCGGAGAUUUUGGAAAGUUUUUUGAAGAGACAUGCCACAACAAAACAGAGCAUGUUAUAGGAUCAUGGCGGCAAGCCCUGACUGAUGUAGCAAAUCUCGGCGGGUUUCACUCUCAGAACUGGGAAAAUGAAGCAAAACUGGUUGAAGAUAUCAUCACUGAUAUUUUAAGGAAACUGAAUGUAACUCCAUCUAAGGAUUUCGAGAACUUUGUCGGGAUAGAAGACCAUAUCGCAGAGAUGAGUUCAAUAUUGGCCUUGGAAUCUAUGGAAGUGAGGAUGGUUGGGAUAUGGGGAACUUCAGGAAUUGGCAAAACUACCAUUGCAAGAGUUUUGUAUAACCAAAUCUCUCGACACUUCCAAGGUAGGAUUUACAUAGACAGGGGUUUCAUAUCUAAGAGUAAAGAGGAUUACAUUAAAGGGAACCCGAUAGACUAUAACAUGAGGUUGCACUUGCAACAGAGUUUCCUCUCUGAAUUAUUAAAUAUAGAGGGCAUUAAGGUAGAUCACUUGGGUGCCGUGAGAGAGAAGCUAAACCAUAUGAAAGUUGUUGUCUUUAUUGAUGACUUGGAUGAUCAAGUGGUGUUGGAUGCCUUGGCGGGCAGAGAUGAAUGGUUUGGUCCUGGGAGCAGAAUCAUUGUGAUUACAAAAGAUAAGCGUCUUCUAGAGGCUCAUGGGAUUGAUUAUAUUUACAGGGUUGGUUUGCCAUCUGAAAAGCAAGCUCUUGAGAUGUUUUGUCGAUCAGCUUUUGAGCAAAAGUCUCCUCCUGAUGGUUUCAUGGAGCUCACUACUGAAGUUGCAGCUCGUGCUGGUGGUCUUCCUUUGGGUCUUGAGAUUCUAGGUAAAGUUAUGAAAAGGCGGAACAAGGAGGACUGGAUGGAUAUGUUGUCGAGGCUUCGAAAAACUCUGAACGGAGAUAUUGAAAAAACACUAAGAGUCAGUUACGAUGAUAUAGAUAGCCGGGAAGAUAAAGCUAUAUUUCGUCACAUCGCGUGUUUUUUCAACAGAGUGGAAAUCAAUAGAUUCAAAUCGAUGCUUGCCGAUAGUGAGUUGGAUGUCAGCCUAGGUCUUACGAACCUAGUUAACAAGUCCCUCAUAAGUGUAAAACCAUUAGGGAGUAUUAAUAUCGCUGAUAUGCACUGUUUGGUGGAACAAAUGGGUAAAGAAAUCGUUUGUGCACAGUCUGAUGAGCCUGGACAACGCGAAUUCCUAAUAAAUUCAAAGGAUGUAUGUAGUGUACUUGAAGAUAACACUGGUACUAAAAACGUUUUAGGUAUAUCAUUGGAUAUGAAUGAGAUCGAUGAAUUGAGGAUAGAUGAGAAAGCAUUCAAAGGGAUGCCCAAUCUCCGUUUUCUAAGGAUCUUUAGUGGUUCAUGGGAUCGGGAAAAAGAAGUUGAAUUGGAAUUACCGGAAAGAUUUGAUUAUUUUCCUCGUAAACUCAAGUUAUUGAGUUGGCCAAGGUAUCCGAUGAAACACAUGCCUACAAAUUUUCGUCCGGGAAGUCUGGUUGAACUCAGAAUGCCCAAUAUCAUGAUACUUGAGAAACUAUGGGAAGGAGUUAAGCCGCUUACAUGCCUCAAAGUUAUGGAUUUGCGGGGAUCAAAAACUCUGAAAGAAAUCCCAGAUCUUUCAAAGGCAACCAAUCUAGAGACAUUGGAUCUUUGCGGUUGUUCAAGUUUGGUGGAGGUUUCCUCUAUUCAAUAUCUCAAUAAGCUAAAGAAGUUGGAUAUGUCUGGAUGCAGUAAUGUGAAGACUCUUCCCACUUUAGUUAACCUCCAAUCUCUUAAUAGCCUUGAUCUCAGUAAAUGCUCAGAGUUGAUGAUUUUUCCUGAUGUUACAACCAACAUCGUAUGCCUCAAUCUAGACGAAACAGCCAUUGAAGAAUUCCCCUAUAACUUGUGUCUGAAGAAACUUGAUAAUCUUAGCAUGCUGAAAAUUAAGAGUGGGAAAUUGUGGGAAAGAGAGCAGCCACUUAGACCUCUCAUGGCCAUGCUUUCUCCCACUUUGACGAGAUUGCAUCUCUCGGAUAUUCCAAGUUUGGUUGAGCUUCCUUCUUCUAUUGGAAGUUUCACUAAGCUUGAUCAAUUGACAAUUAGAGAUUGCAUAAAUCUGGAAAUUCUUCCCACCGGAAUCAACUUUCAAUCUCUCUAUAUACUUGAUCUCCGGGGAUGCUCACGGUUGAGGACUUUUCCUAAUAUCUCAACCAACAUCUCCUAUCUCUUUCUAGCACGAACAGGGAUAAACGAAGUUCCUCGGUGGAUCGAGAACUUCUCUAAGCUCGAGAACCUAAAUAUGGAGAGCUGCAAAAAUUUAAUACGUGUAUCCCUAAACAUUUUUAAACUGAAACAUGUUAUGGUUAACUUUUCAGACUGUUGGGCGUUGGGUGAAGCUAGCUGGAUUAAUGAUAGUCCAAGUGACGAUUUUCUCUCCAAGUUUCCAGUCCCUCACGAGGCUUUCUCUUCUCUCCCGGAUAACUAUUUGAAAAACAUCGGGUUCAAUUUCACAUGCUUAAAUUUGGAUCCAGAAGCUAUCCUUCACCAGCCAUCAAUUGCCUUUAACACUCUCAAGAUGUCAGGUGAAGAAGUGCCAUCAUAUUUCACCCACCGUACUACUGGAACCUGCACCUCUCUCACCAAUAUCCCUCUACUUGCCACACACCUCUCUCAACCAUUCUUCAGAUAUAGGGUUUGCGCAGUGGCUAUUUUCGACACUCCAGUGCCUAAAUUUGGUGUCAAUGGGUUAUAUAUACAUGUAACAUGUCGGUUCAAAGACAGAUUUGGGAACAGCGUUGAUUCAUGUUGUUUGCUACAUCACUUCGCGACGACUAAGAAGGAUAGUCAUCUGUUUAUAUUUGAUUGUCGUAUCCCUCUAAACAAAGAUGAUGUACAGCUAGGUCAACUGAGCCACAAUUUCGUAGAUGUGAAGAUUCAUGUAAGUAAUCAUCGUGAAUCUACGCCUAUAUUAAAAGGAUGGGGUGUACGGCUUUUAGAGGACUGGUCAUCAGCGGAGAACCAACUUGGUAAUUCAGACACUCUUCCACAUGUUUGUGAAGCUGAUGAAGACAGUAUAGUUAAUCAUCAGACUGAAGACGAUGAAGAGUCUGUAGACAGUAGUAAUGUAGAGACAGAGACAAGCAGGAAGCGAAUGCGGAUCACAUGAAGGACCACUCAAGACACCUCGUACGUGCCAUGGCUCUAGCUAUAGAGCGACAUUUUCAGGAAAUUAGUUGGGAAGAUCCAAACAUAAGAUUUUGACAAUUUAAAGAUCCAAAUUUUUUAAAAACAAUAUUGAAUAAAUAUGUUUUUAAGGGUGUUUGACUACAAAUUUGGGUUUACAUAAAAUGUAAUUAGUUUCUAAGAUUAUUUAAUUUUGAAAAAUUUGAUGAUAUUA